CUGACGUCACGGUUUCCAAGGCUGGUUAAUGGAGCACAGAGCGCGAAGAUAGGAGCCGCGCAUGCGUACUAUAUGUUCUUUCAACUUAGUAGCGCCAAGAUGACGGACCAGGAAGCUACGGAGCAAAGCCAGGUACAGUUAGCGGAUAUCCUAAACACGGCACACAGUCUUGUGUCAUUGUUAAACCGAAGGUUAGGCUCUUCAGGGACUGUGAGGCCAGAAAGUGAAAGACAGUCUAUUGAGGGACAGUCGAGGCAAGCAGAGACAGGUCCACAGUCAGGACAGCUAAGAUGUCCUCAGCGCAGUGGUUCAGUUCAUCAAGAAAUGGCUCGAUCCUUUCCUGGACUUUUUCGCCGAGAGACAAAAGGGAAAAGACGUUUUACACCGUAUACCCGACCAAAGAAAAGCUUUCUGGUGAACUUUUUUCUCCUUGAGAAACAACGUUCCAAAACCCCCAAAGGCAAUGAAGAACUCCAGCUUAUAUUGGCUGGUCUGGGUAAACGUUCUCUCUCAGUAACAGAGAGUUUAACACAUACAGAGCUGACAGAUUUGUUGAUCAAUGCAUUUCCAAGGCUUGGAAGCAUCAAUGGUGGCUGGUUGCUAUACAAGUCUACAGGUGGUGGUGGGCAGCGCAGAUUAGUUGUUAUUCCUCCUGAUUCUGAUGGUUAUAGUGGGCACCAACUGAAGGCCGUUAGUGGAAAUGGAAAAUGUACACUGUACAUAACUCCUCUACAGGAACAAAUUGAAACUUCUCCAUUACCAACAGACGCAAAAGAAUUUGAAAACAUGCCUAAAGCUCCAUGCACCACCUGCAACAAAAUGGUACCACUCCAAGCUCUUCCGAUUCACAUCAAGAGCUGCAAAGAGGAAAUGAUUUAUCUCAACAGCUCCUCUGAGAAUGAAAGCUUCACUCAGGACAAUGGAUCUCCAUUAAGGACAGAACAUCAGACAGAGAUGACUACUGAGUGUCCAGUGUGCAGAGGUAUAUUCAGCACUGAUGCUAUUGAGACCCAUGCAUCUGACUGUGGAAUACGAUCUUCAAACCAAGAAUCCAAUAUCAGCACCUCAGAGGACGGGAUUAACCACUUUCAAAGGUAAACAAAAACAAAACUCCCAUUCGCCAUAUUUAUAGAGCAAAAUGCUUUAUUUAAAGACAGAAGCUCCAAUUAGUUAUAUUUUGAUCACAUUUCUAGCAAAAUGCAUAAUAUUUUUAUUCUUUUAGGAAGUGUUGGUAAUAUUUCUUUAUUGGUUUUCCCAAUCCUAACUCAUUUGCUGUCAAUGUACAACUCAAAUGUUUGUAUAACUCCUAUUAUUGGAGUUUCGUCAAUAAGCUGUGCAUGGCUGCAUGCAGGAAGGAUCUCUUGUAGCGGUUUCACUGAAGACAAUCUUUUGUUGUAUGACAGUCUGAUGAAGAAGAUGCCCAUGGUUGUCCAAAAUGUUCUUUGUUUUAUGAAGAAUACUUCAUACAUUCGUAUGAAGAUGUAGAUGAUUCGUAAAAUCAUCUCCAAAUGUUCCCCAGAACAGGGCCAGCUUUCUUUUUGGAUGAAGCUCAACAAGCUUUUUUCAACCCUGUUACUCUGAUGCUUUAAGUCAAUUGCAUCUGAUUUUGCCUCUACAGAAAAUGACAGUAGGAACAACACACUACACACCAAAAAGAUCUGCAGCAUCUUAUUACUGAAGAAGUCUCUUGGAGAAGAGAGAUGUGCAUACAUGGUCCUGACCGCACAAACACACACAGAUGAACCUGUUGAGAUUUUUGUCAAAAAAUAAAAAUUUUUGUUUGAUUUGCUUCUCAAUUUUAAUAUCAAUCAAGGGGAAAAAAAUGGAAAAAAAAUAUAAAAGCACACCCAAAGGUACAUGCAGAUGUACGGUUGAACGCACUGUGUAACCGUACAUCUGCAGGAACCCCUGUGCACAGAUUAAAUUCUGUUACAGUAAUUACAGUUAUGCUAAAUAUUAGCCUAUUAUUGAGCAAAAGGUUACAUACUGUAAACUACCACCGAAAAAAGAA